AUGACCACAGAUUAUAUUCCAUCGUCAAACAGCAAAUUCAAUACUAUUCAAAAUCGCAGUUCCCUUCGCACUUUCUCUGUGACAUUUUUAUCUGCCAUACAAGUCGAUAUCACUCUCAUUAGCGCAUUUGUACGAUACGGCGUGCGGUACACACCACAUUGUUAUUUAGUGAUCACCGAUCGUCACUUGUUGACUGACUUCUUGUUGCAUUGUUAA